CGACGGACAACUGUCAAAUCGCACUGGCAUGGAAGCUUGAAGAAGGACAGGCAGCGAUUACUUUUUGAUACUGGCAAAGUUAUUCUUUUCUGCAUUGUGAAAAAGCCAAGGAAAAACGUGCAUUAAGUUGCAAAAAUGUCGAAAAGUGAGACAAAAGAAAUAACUAUACGGCAACUGUACACAGAGCUGAAUAAACACUGCUCCAGCGCCGAAUACGACAAGGCACUGAAGGCUGCUAAUAAAAUUAUCGGUCUCGAUGCCACCGAAUGGAAAGCGGCCAAAUGUAAGCUGGUGUGUUUGAUACAGAACGGUAAGUUCGAUGAGGUGCUUAAGUUCAUCGAACGUGGCACAUCUAUCCCGGACACCACAUUCGAGAAGGCUUACAGCGAGUAUCGGCUAAACAGGGCCGAAGAUGCGUUUCGCACGAUCCAGUCGACGCUGUCCACUGGUGCCGGCGGCGGAGGUGUUGAUCCAUGGGCCGGAUUGGCGCCGAAUCUGAAGGAGCUGCUGGCACAAAUCUUGUACCGGUUGGAGCGAUUCGAUGAGUGUUUCGAUCUGUAUCGGAAUAUCAUUAAAAAUACGCACGACGAUUACGAUGAUGAACGUCGCACGAAUAUGAGCGCAGUGGCAGCUAAUCGAUGCAUCGUCGGUGGAGGUGUCGAAAAGCAGCAACAGCUGUCGGCCAUGAAUAUGCCCGAAGACACGUACGAGCUCACGUACAAUGCGGCAUGUGCAUUGGCUGGCCGGAAGGAGUACGUCGAUGCGGAGCGAAAAUUGCGCACCAGCGAGAAGAUGUGUCGCGAUUCGCUCGAGGAAGACGGUGCUACCGAAGAGGACAUCAUUGACGAGAUCACCAUCAUCAAGGUGCAGCUGGCGUACUGUUUGCAGAUGCAGGGUCGGGUAAAGGAAGCUUCGGCACUGUAUGCUGACGCACUGCGUCACAAAACGAAUGAUGCGGCACUCACGGCGGUCGUCAGCAACAAUUUGGUCGUAAUCAACCGCGAUCAGAAUGUGUUCGAUUCGAAGAAAAAGAUGAAGGUGGCCACUUCUGAGCAGGCAGAGCAGAAGCUUACCAGCCGACAAAGGAAGACGAUUGCAUUUAACAACUGUCUGUUGGCGUACUUUGCCAGCCCGACGGAGUGCGGUUUGUUGGCAAGCCGACUUGCAAACGCACAUCCGGACCUCGAGUUUCAGUCGCUGUUGAUACGCGUGAGCCAGCUCGCACGCGAUAAAAAGUACCGGGAAGCGGUUGAGCUGUUGGAAGGCUAUGCGCAACGAUUGCCGCGUGAGCGCACGACGGAGGUACUGCAGGUGCGGUUUGCCAUCGUGCAGCUCCACCUCGUUGCAGGCAACAGAAAGGCGGCGAUUGACACAUUCGAAUCGCUCGGAGAAGCUCGCUACCAGCCGGGCGUCGUGUCUGCCCUGGUGACGUUGCACCUUGGGCUAGAUAAUAAGCAGGCCGCCUCCGAAAUACUGAAGAGUGCAGUUGACUGGUAUAAGCGGCAGAAGAGUGCCUCGAUUAGCGAUGGUGAUCUGAGCGAUAUGUGGCGACAAGCGGCUAGUUUCCAUCUGCGCGGCGGUGAACCGGAAACGGCAGCCAAAAGUCUCGAGGAACUAUUGCGAACUCAUCCGGAUGAUAUGAAGCUACUGGCGCAGCUGGUUAUUGCGUACGCCCAGUUCGAUCCGAAGCGAGCUCAGCAGGCGAGUAAGCGGUUGCCGGCAUUAGAAACGCUGACCACGGUAUCGGAGAUUGAUGCGCUCGAGGCAACAAACUGGAUGAUGAUUGCGAAGGCCGUCCGACGCAAGCAAAACCUGCCGGGUGGUGGUCGUACCACCGGCGACCAGUCACCCGGUGCUGGUACACCGUCCGCAGAACAGCAGGCCGCAGCCCGUAAGCAGAAGCGCAAGAAGCGUAAGGGCAAACUGCCGAAAAAUUACAUAAUCGGUGUUCUACCCGACCCGGAGCGCUGGUUGCCACGUUACGAGCGUACCGGCUACCGUAAGAAGCGCGAUCGUCGCGUAAAGGAAGUCAUGAAGGGUAGCCAGGGAACCGCUUCCGGACAGGCCGAUCAGUUCGACAUGAGCAAGGCGUACAAUCAGACGAAAAAUUCACCUGCGACACCGGGCGCGGGAGGGCCAGGAGGUGUCACACAACUCGAGCAGAUGGCCGCCGCUGCCGCUGCAACCCGCCAGUUGCCGCGCAAGAGUCAGCACAAGAAGAAAAAGGGCAAACAUUAAGGCGAACAAUAUUGUUCCAAAAGCGACAGUUCCAUGAAACAAUCGAUGAGCGAUCUUCUUCGCGUAGAUCAUAAGCUGAACUGAUUUGGAUGUGAAUGGAUCAAUUGCAGUGGAAGAAGGUAAUAUUACCAACUUACCAUUUAUGCCGUUUUUCAGCCUAGUUAGGAUCAAACAGCGUCGAUCCCCUUACCCUGUGAAAUUCCAUCCUAAAUGGACUAAUAUGACAGCGAAUGGGGCUUUAUCUAAAAUCUGGUUCCACCAAGCAAACGCAGGUUGAUCCCAGCUGGUGCGAGAAAAAGUGUAUUAAUAAUAUUUCUAGUGUGGAAAAGGAAAUGAAAUAUAUAAUUUUAGCAUUGAA